AGGGGAGGCUGCCUGAAUGAUCUCAUCCCUCCAGCAGCUGCAUACCGCAGCGAGGCAAAGCCGUAACUUUCUAUCAAACUUCCAAGUUGCCGUUCAGAGGAAGACGUCGGGCCGUCCUCGGUCUGAACCGGAGCCAGCACGGGUUUUUUUUGUUUUUCCCCCCGCGAGGGCAGCCAACAGAGCUGCUGCGUAGUUUGUGUCUCGGACUUGGAGCACCUUGUUACGAGUUGAAACAAAAGGAAGGAGAGGAAAGAAAGAAAAGCAAAACUGCUUCGUGUUGUGUGACAACCACAAUGAGAAAAGGGACGGGUGUUUGGAGUGUGGAAAAUGCCAUGUGGCAGUCUCGACACAUAUAAGGAGGCAUAAAGCCGUCUUGAGCACCGAUGAGGUGAAUUUGCCUCUUAAUCCAGACAAUCAAAUGGCUCAUGAGGUCAGAGAGCAGUGUCCCAUCCCAGAGGCAGCCAUGCCCACCUGCUGAGUGCCUUUUGCCUUUGGCACUUAUGUAAUGACCAGCCUGAAGCGCCCACCCAUGGAGCGUACCGUUGGGGGUUCGGUCCCCGCCAGUGAUGAGUUUUACACCCGCCACCUGCGUAUGGCCAAUGGGGUUCCUGUUUCAAGCCGCACUGACAACAUCCAUGCCACUGUGAGCACAGGAGUGCCUAAAAUGGGUGUACGGGCUCGUGUGGCCGACUGGCCCCCAAGGAAAGACGUUACAAUGCCUCUGUGGCAUUCAUCUACGGAGCCUGAGAACUCUGGUGUGCCCUCAGCUGGAAAAAGUCACAUAAAGUUAGGCUCUAUAAUGAGCCCUCAGGACUCAACAAUGCUGCGUAACAUCCACAACACUUUAAAGAAUCGAGCCCAGUCCCAGGCUAACAAUUACAGCCCUGACACCCGUUACCUCGCUCCAGGAGACUACAGAGGUCCCGCACAUAGAAACCCACGGCAGAGACGCAUCCGCCAGCGCAGCAAUAGCGACAUGACUGUUGGUGAGAUGGAAGGCAGUGGAGACAGUGGCGAGGAGUGGGGUCCAUCAUCGGGAGCCAAAUUGUCCCCUCUUCACCGUGAAUAUGGCAGUACCUCAUCGAUAGAUCAACAUGGAGUAGCUGGAGACAGCUUCUUUGAAAUGCUUAAGGGCUAUCAAGGCGACAAAGUUGAUCAACGUAGCCCUGCUCCAGAGAAACUGGAGGACAUGCUGAAUAUUGCAUCCAAGCAAGGGAUUACUGAUAUUCAGGAGGAUGUCACAGACGGUCUUCUUCCUAAGGCGAAGGACAGAGAUAAGCCCCCAAAGAGACGCACAAAGUCUGAAACAGGAGGUGAGUCUAUAUUCCGUAAACUUAGGAACGUGCGAGGUGAGUCCGACUCCCCCAGAGCGGGGUCUGAUGUGGAGGACAGCCGAAUGGAUGACACGGGCCCUCCUCUCAAGCCCUGGGUGUGUCAGAAAGGGUUCGCUCACUACGAUGUUCAGAGCAUGCUUUUUGACCUCAAUGAAAUUAUUCAGUUGCGGCAGACUGCAGGCAAGAGGAAAAACACCACCACGGGAGCGUCUGCCGCUGCCGUGGCCUCUGCUACCUCUACUCUGUCAUCCACCCACAGCCUGCCUUAUAGCUCUCCUAGUGGAAGCCAGGAAGAUCUCAAUUCCAGGGACAGUCCUAGCCUGGAUGCUGGAGAUGAACAAAGCAACGAAAUGUUGCUAAGCUGCCCUUGCUUCCGCAAUGAGAUCGGUGCCGAUGGCAUUGCCAGGCGCAAGCUGGGGGCUAACGGGCCAGGGUAUCAUGGGCUUGUGGGUGGCGGAGGUGGAAACAGUGGCUCAGGGACCCUGAGUGGGGAAAAUAACUUGUACGAAACAUCUGUGAGCACACACUUAACCAAUGCUGGAGUAGCAGUUCUUGAGGGACCAAAGGAGGGCCCGAGCACGCUCAGCGAAAAGGGCAAACAAUACAUUGUGGAGCACGUGGACCUGGGAGCCUACUACUAUCGCAAGUUCUUCUACCUUAGGGAUCAUUGGAACUACUUUGGGCUAGAUGAGGCAUUGGGUCCAGUGGCAGUGAGCAUGCGCAGAGAGAAGCUGGAGGAGGACAAGGAGCAUGGCCAGCAGUAUAACUACCGUGUCAUCUUCAGGACCAGCGAGCUGAUAACUCUUCGAGGUUCUAUACUAGAAGAUGCAGUGCCUUCCACCUCUAAGCAUGGCACCGGCCGAGGUCUGCCCAUUAAAGAUGUACUGGAGUAUCUUCUGCCUGAGCUGGAUCUCUCCUGCCUCAGACUGGCUCUCAACACACCCAAAGUCACUGAGCAGCUGAUGAAACUGGAUGAACAAGGGCUGAGUUUUCAGGUAAAAGUGGGAGUGAUGUACUGCCGAGCAGGGCAGAGCACAGAGGAGGAAAUGUACAACAACGAGGUAGCUGGUCCCGCCCUGGAAGAGUUCCUCCAGCUGCUGGGGGAGAAGGUUCGCCUCAGGGGCUUCACCAAGUACAGAGCCCAGCUGGACACAAAAACGGAUUCCACGGGCACUCACUCCCUGUACACUUCAUACAAGGAUUAUGAGAUCAUGUUCCAUGUGUCUACUCUGCUGCCUUACACGCCCAACAACAAACAGCAGUUGCUGAGAAAGCGGCACAUUGGGAACGACAUAGUGACCAUAGUGUUCCAGGAGCCCGGAGCUCACCCUUUCACUCCCAAGACUAUUCGCUCCCACUUUCAACAUGUCUUCAUCAUCGUACGAGUACACAAUCCCUGCUCCGACAGCACAUGCUACAGUGUGGCUGUCACCCGUUCCCAGGACGUUCCCUCCUUUGGCCCACCAAUCCCGAAAGGCGUGACCUUUCCCAAGUCCACUGUGUUCAGGGACUUCCUUUUGGCCAAAGUCAUCAACGCUGAGAACGCAGCUCAUAAGUCAGAUAAAUUUGGCGCCAUGGCGACACGGACACGGCAGGAGUAUCUGCGGGAUUUGGCAGAGCGACACGUGACCAGUACAUCAGUGGAACCCUCUGGAAAGUUCCCCUUCAUCUCUCUGGCACACAAACGGCGGGAGAAGGUGCGUCCGUACAGCGGGGCGGAGCUACGGAGCCUUGGGGCUAUAACCUGGCAGGUUCAUGCCGAAGAUCAAGUAGCCGGGGCUGAACGCGAGUGCCUGUUGGCCAUUUCAAACGACUUCAUCAUCCUGCUGGAUCAAGAGGCCAAAGUGGUCGUGUUUAACUGUGCCACACGAGAUGUGAUUGGCUGGUCAACCGGGAGCCCCGCCUCUAUGAAGAUCUACUAUGAGCGUGGUGAGAGCGUAUCGCUGCGCUCCAUUAAUAACAACACGGAGGACUUUGGAGAGGUUGUCAAAAGACUGGAGUUGUUGACCAAGGGAAGCCAAACCACAGAGAUGACCUUACGUCGUAACGCCCUGGGCCAGCUGGGCUUUCAUGUCAACUUCGAAGGGAUCGUAGCAGAAGUGGAGCCCUACGGCUAUGCCUGGCAGGCUGGGCUCAGGCAGGGCAGCCGCUUAGUGGAGAUUUGCAAGGUGUCUGUGGCCUCGCUGUCCCACGAGCAGAUGAUUGAUCUUCUUAGAACCUCUGUCACUGUAAAGGUGGUCAUCAUUCCUCCACAUGAAGACUCAACGCCACGCAGAGGCUGCUCAGAAAUCUACCACAUGCCACUUGUGGACUACAAGAACCACAAAGAGGGCAUGCCCUAUGAGUUAAAGUUCCCCUUUCGCUCCACAAACAACAACACCAAGUGGCCACGCACCUCAUCCAGCCCUCAAACGCGUGCCGCUGGCACGGGGGGAACCCUCAUCAAGGCCCCGCCCACAGACUUAAGUAACCCUGCUGCUAUUCCCCGCAGUGUGUCUAGCGAUGGUCGACCGCUCAACCCCAAAAGAUAUUCCCCAGGGAAUGACAACUAUGCCCUUGCCUGCUCCAUUGUGAUGGGACGCACACUGCACAACACAAACUCCCCUUCCAGUCUUUCCUACACAGACACCAUGGCCUCCACCCACUGGAGGCAAAAGUCUAUGCCUGACGGGUUUAAUAACAACUGCCAGUCCCCUGUUUCAUCUGUGCGCCAUGUGGCAGGUGAGGGCGUCAAUGGGAUCAAAGUAUCGUCGAGCUCAGGUGUUGGAUGGUCACGACCUGGGGAGGGUGAUCCCGCCAGCAGAUCAGGGGACAAACCCAGCUCAGACACCGUGGUUUCCAAAGUGGUGAUUCCUCGACUUCAGCCGUCAGAGCAGAGCAGCCACGUGUCUCCUAACAAGAGCACCAAGGCAGAUGCUCCCUAUUCAUCCAGCCAGUCAAGCAGCAACACACUGUCAAGCAACGCCUCCAGCUCCACCCACAGUGACGAGAAGUGGUACGAAGUUGGCUCCCGUUCCGGAGUGCGGAGUGAACUGGAUCUCAGUGGCUAUCUGCAGGGUACCUCCAGCGACAGCGGCAUUGACGCAACCUCCUUCACUGCCACGCAGAGCAGCACGGCUUCCUCCACUGGUGCCUUCACGGCAAAAGACAAAAUCCCUUGGCAGGACGAGCCACCAGACGGCCAGACAGCCGCUGACAGUUCCCCUCCAACUCCAGACUCUCUUGUCAACUCUGGAGGCACCGAGAUCCCAGGGAAGAGCCCCUUAUCCUUGCUACUCGGUCCCGAUAGCGGCUCCUACAGCCCCAGUGAUGCCGCCGCCCACUCCAGUUCAGCCUCUUCUGGUCCCUCAGGCUGCAGGCCCACGUCCCCCCAGGAUGAGGCUGCUCCUGUGCCCACAUCACCCACAUCCUCAAACUCCCAGUCCCCGGGGACCAAGAGCUUCUACCCUCGUCAAGGAGCCACCUCAAAGUAUCUCAUUGGCUGGAGGAAGCCUGGGGGAACUGUUAACUCAGUGGAUUUUGGCAGCACUCGCAAACGGCACCAGAGUGAUGGUUUGCUGGGUGGUCAACCCCAGCUCAGGGCCAAUCUCCGGGGCUCCCAGUCUCCCCAGCGGCACACUGCGAAGUCCAGCCUGGAGGAAGACUUAAAGAAGCUCAUCACACUUGACAGCCCUCCACCCACUACAAAUGAAGAGAAGCCGUUGUUUCCAGGCCCCCCACCCAGUCGACGUUCCCUUCAGAGAACCCUGUCUGAUGAGAGCAUUUACAGCGGGCAGAGGGAGCCGUCCUCUAGUGGACAGCGUGAAACGCCUACUGACCUUCUUUUCUCCUGUUCAACCAUCCCACGUUCACCCACCACCCGCCACGGACCGAGUCGGCGAGCAUCGCACAAAUCCCUCGGAGACCUGUCAGCCCCAGACAGCUCAGAGCUGGACCAAGAGAGGAAGAAACAGCAGCUGCAAGAGCCUGUCCUCAUGCCCCUGCCUGACACGGGGGCAGAUGGCCCGCUUGACUGGGCCCACCUGGUAGAUGCUGCCAAGGCCUUUGAGGAGCAGAGGCUGGUUUUCCUAGCAGCCCAGGAGGAGAACUCCAUGGCUGAGAGUGCAGCAGCAGCAGCAGCCACCAGUCCCCAGCAGGCCGAGCCUCAGGCGGCUCCACUGAGACAGCCUUCGCCAGGAGAGACUCCAGCUUGUUUGAUGGGGAAGGUGAGCCAGCUAGAAUCCAUGGUGAAGGCACUACAGGAGGAUCUAAAGAAGGAGAAGGAUGCCAAGGCAUCACUACAAGCUCAAAUUGAGAGCCUGCGAGAGGACAACCAGCGUCUCCUUGAGGAGUCCUACAGCGCCUCCGCCAAGCUGAAGAAGUUUACAGAGUGGGUCUUUAACACCAUCGACAUGAACUGAUGCACGCUGCUGCUGACCGCUCUCCACUGGGAGAAUAACCACUACUCAAGCUGAUUUCAAACGUUUCAGUAAUCUUCGGUGCACAACAGAAUCACAUUUAAAAAAAAAACAGUGUCACUCUUGUACUGUUACAAACUAGUGCCAACAUGGAUGUAAACAUCAUCCUUCCUCAGCCUCAUGGACCUGUUUGAAUAGUCACCACAAAAGACAAAGGAGAAACCAGGGUGAUAGACAAAAAAGAGCAGCGGCGUAUCUGUGUGUCAGUUUUCAUCAGCAUGGUCUCCCUUACUUAGGAGCUCAUAAAAUAUAACAUGUUUUUGUUUCCCCCCCUUGAAUGGACUGUUGGUAUUCCUGCAUGUCAGAGAAAGCGAGAGCACGAUUUCGAAACUAACCCAAACCUAAAGGGAUUUAAAGUCACCGUUUAGCUCCCCAGCUGUAACCUAAUUUUAAGUGGACGGAUUUCCAAUUAAAGAAAAACCUCUAACACAAAUUAAAAUUUCUUCAAGAGUUGCUGAAUAUAGUCCCAGGUUGCUCUGAUCUUAAUUGACAGGUGUGCUGUAAAUGUGCUGCCGUUAAGACAUUCUCCACUUUUCCCAGUUCACAGAUAACAACACUGAUUAUUUUUGUAUUACUAACAAAGAGAAAAAAGAUAAAGUAGAUACUAUAAGAGAGGAUGGGAGUUGCAUUUUUGAUGGUUAGUGUUGGUAGGUAGGCACAGAUAGACAGACAGACCCUUUGCAUAGCACAUACUGUAAACACUGUAAGGUCGAGUGCCUGUCUGUAUCGCUUAUGUAAAAGUCUGUGCAAGUGUAGCGAGGGUUAUUGCAAGUAAAACAUGUAUAGGACUACUGGUCACAUGAAAAGAUAAAAAAAAUAUAUAUAUCACAAACACAAUAUGGGUGCCAUAAAGAUAGAAAUCGACAAUUCAGUGUCACUUAUUCAGAUUAUUGUAAAUAUGUGAUGUUCACAUUUACUUUUCUCAUGCCUUCCCUUGAUAUAAUAAUGUAAAGAGUAUUUAUGUCAAAGAUGAUGGCCAAGAAAAGCAAAACAGCCAUAUGCAGUUAGAUAUGUACAGUAUAUACAAGUAAUGGUUUCCUACGUGACAAGAUGUAUCCUUUGACUCAAAAGUUUCCAGCAGGAGGCGGGUAACUUUUGAUCCAGAGUACAGUGCUAGAGAAUAUAUUGAUAUUUUUAAUCCUAAAAACUUUUGCCUGCUGCAGUGGAUUGAUUUGAGAGUGCCACUUAGUGUUGACAAGAUGUAAAAUACUACUACAGUGAACUCACAUCCUUCUCCUCCCAUAGCACGCUGAAAUGCCUCAAUCUGAUCCCUAAAUCUUUGGAUGGAGUCAGUUGGUACUGUUAUAUUAUUGCAGAUAAGAUGCUGUGUAAGUCCUGAAAUCCCAGCUACAGUUUUCUGUACUUCUGUAAAUCUGUGCGAAAGCCCACACAGAAUCUGGUCUGCAGAUGACCGAGCUCAGUCCUUAUUUAAGCCUCAUACUUUAACUAUUUCCUUUUGUACCCUGAUGCUGUGCAACUGUAUAUAAGGAGAGUUUAAUAUUCAUCAAAAUCGCACCUUCGUUCUUAUUUUUUACAGUUAUUUUUGAUGUAUUUCUGCUUUACUUGCUAGUGCAGAGUGGAACCACGAGCCGGACUCAGACAAAAUGAGUCGUAGGCCCAUAACGGUAGCAGAUUGCCCCUAUGCCUUCAUUCUUAACAUGUGUGUCAGCAUGUGAUUCUGUUUCCAUUGAGCUGUGAUGUGUAAAAACAAACACACAAAAAAAGUUUAUAUCUAUUAAAGAUAUUUUGUUCAAUUACA